CUGCCCAUGCCUGCGGGCGCAAACCAACAUAAUGAUCCUCUAUUUCUCCUAACUGCGCAAGGCCAAGAUGUCUGGUCAUGAGCUGGCUAUCACUGCGCCAUCCUCAAACCAAGGAUGAUGACGACUCUUCUGUGGCGCAAUCUUGGCAAAUCCCAUCUGACAUGUCCCCUCAUUUUGCCCUGAGCGCGUCGAUGGACAGUCAGCUCGAGCAAGCCCAAACUCAUCGUCAUGGUCAAUCGCGGGGGUCGCAGUAAAGCGUGUAGGACAUGCAAGCGAAGACGCGUAAAAUGCGGUACCGUCCAUAUGGAUGUCGCUUUGAGAGACGCGCUCACUGACGCUCGUUGUAGAUCAAAGCAAACCGCACUGUCAGCGAUGUGAGAAAGCUGGGAUAGCUUGUGAAGGCUACGUAACAUACGGCGAGUUUGUUGACGAAACGACGCGAUUCGCGAAGGAUAAAUCGCCUAUGAAGGACAACCACCUUCUGGUUCAACUGGCCAGCCAGUCUCCUAAGGCCACUGAACAACAGAUCUGGCGUCCGCAGCCACUGUUACUGGAUCAAGAUGCCGUAAUUCAUGCUCACCUACUAUCGCGGAUCGAUGAAGUCACGCCCUUGAUGGCCAAUCUCGAAGCCACCACGGUUUCAGAUUCUACGCGAAGUCUUGCAGUGCGAGCAUUAGCAGCAGUGUACUUUGGCAAAACAAACGGUGAUAAGCGGACCUUUGACCUCGGAAGUAGAGAAUACGUGAAGGCCUUGAACAGAGUGCAACACGAUCUGGCAAGUUCGACUACUGUUCUAGAAUGGGACACGCUUGCGAGCGUAAUUUGUUUAUGCAUGUUUGAGAACAUCGUCUUUACAGACAAGACGGGAUGGCUGAAGCACUACGAGGGAAUAACUCAGUUGGUCAAGCUAAGAGGACCAUGGAGACACAAGACAGUCCUGGAAAGGGAACUUCUUAGACAGUGCCGAUUCGAGAUAAUACUAUGCGCACUGAUAAACAGAAAGCACUGCUAUCUCACACUUCCAGAGUGGCAGACCGUCCCAUGGCCGUCGACUGUACCCAAAACAGCUAGUGAUGCAUUGCACGAUAUCUUUGCCCGCGUUCCCGGUCAGUUGCAUGACAUGGAUCGGGUAGAAAGAGGUGAAGUUGACAAAGAGUUCUUUGAAGAGCUGCGACAGCGAGUCGAGACUACAUUAUCGGAUCUCGAAGACUGGGAGCAGUUCUAUCAGCACCCUCGGCCUCUCACGGGCUCUCCCCUCUCUUCAACACAAGACAUCACUUCGCACCCAGUCAGACACAAAGCCCUGCUGGCAUUACAAAGAGCCAUCAUUCUUUGCAUGACAGGCCUCUGUGCCUUCUUCAACAUACCUCUAGUGGCCGAGAUACCAUCUAUUCUCGAAGAUCGAAAGGUAGUCAGGAAGGCAAUCGCCACUGAGAUAUGUCAGCUAGCAGCAUCGUGUCUUGGACACGAGUCUCAUAGUACUGAGUCCUUGUUAUUCAUAUUCCCGCUGCAAAUAGCAAGCAUGAACCUCGAAAUGGGCAGUGUAGAGGAGAAGGGGGCCGAGGAGAUCAUGAACGGGGUCAUUGCUGGGACGUAUGGAUUUGAGAUUGGGAGAAGGCGAGAGUGGAAGACCUCGAGCAUAAUUCUAAUCAAAUAGUAUGUACAUCUAUAUGGCGAUACGAAGAAAAUAAUCUAAAGAGUUCUAAUC